ACCAAGUUUUAUCACAAAACAUGGCUGUUAACAUGACCUCCAUUAAAACCUCAUCAAAUGGAGCUUGGCAAGGUGACAAUCCCCUCGAUUUCUCCUUCCCAUUGUUAAUUGCCCAAACCACUUUGAUUCUUGCCUUCACCCGUUUCCUUGCUUUUCUUCUCAAACCCCUGCGCCAACCCAAAGUCAUUGCUGAAAUUCUCGGUGGAAUUCUGCUUGGGCCAUCGGCUUUAGGUCGAAACGAAGACUAUUUAAAUCGGAUAUUCCCGUCAUGGAGUAUGCCGGUGCUGGAAUCAGUGGCCAGCAUGGGUCUUCUUUUCUUCCUUUUCCUUGUAGGUCUCGAGCUGGAUUUAACCUCCAUUCGUCGGACAGGAAGGAAGGCCUUUGGCAUAGCAUUAUCCGGCAUAUCCAUCCCCUUCAUCUCCGGAAUAGGCGUCGCUUUUGUUAUACGAAAAACCGUUGACGGAGCUGACAAAGUUGGGUUUGGCCAGUUCCUGGUCUUCAUGGGAGUAGCACUCUCCAUCACUGCUUUCCCCGUACUAGCCCGAAUCUUAGCGGAGCUCAAACUCUUAACGACUCCAGUCGGGGAAAUCGCCAUGGCCGCCGCGGCAUUCAACGACAUGGUUGCAUGGAUUUUAUUAGCCCUCGCCGUUGCUUUAGCCGGCGACGGCCCUGGUGAACACAAAAGCCCCUUGAUAUCAGUCUGGGUCCUCCUCUCGGGCGUCGCUUUCGUCACUUUCAUGAUGAUAGUAAUCCGACCCGCCAUGAAAUGGGUCGCCCGCCGAUGCUCGACGGAACGAGACGUCGUCGACGAGGCUUAUAUUUGUUUAACGUUAACCGGUGUAAUGAUAUCCGGCUUCAUCACCGACCUCAUCGGGAUCCACUCCAUCUUCGGUGCCUUCAUUUUUGGGUUAACGAUUCCUAAAGAAGGAGAAUUCGCAGAGAGAUUGAUAGAGAGGAUUGAAGAUUUCGUGUCGGGUCUUCUCCUCCCGCUUUACUUCGCGUCCAGUGGGCUGAAAACCAACGUGGCUCAGAUUAGCGGCGGAAGGGCUUGGGGCUUAGUGGUGCUGGUUAUAACGACGGCCUGCGCCGGCAAAAUCAUCGGGACGUUUACGGUGGCUCUGAUGUUGGGUAUGGCGGUGAGGGAGUCGUUGGCGCUUGGCUUCUUGAUGAAUACUAAAGGAUUGGUUGAACUCAUUGUUCUCAACAUUGGCAAGGAGAAGAAGGUACUGAAUGAUGAGGUCUUCGCUAUACUAGUCCUCAUGGCACUCUUCACCACCUUCAUCACAACCCCAUCCGUCAUGGCCGUCUACAAACCGGCCCGCCGUUCCUCCGCCAUUACACACCGGAAAUUACGUGAUUUGACCAACCCCAACGGCACAAAAGAUGAGCUCAGGAUCCUUGCUUGCCUCUAUGGCCUUGACAACGUACCCUCGAUCAUCACCCUCAUUGAGUCAACUCGAAGUACAAAAAAAUCCCAACUCAAUCUCUUCAUCAUGCACCUCGUUGAACUCACUGAACGCUCUUCUUCAAUCAUCAUGGUCCAUCGGGCUCGAAGGAACGGGCUUCCUUUCAUUAACAGGCUUCGUAGGGGCGAGUGGCACGACCGAGUUGCUGGAGCUUUCCAAGCCUACAGUCAACUCGGUCGUGUCUCGGUCAGACCCACCACCGCCAUCUCUGCGUUGUCCACCAUGCAUGAGGAUAUUUGUCACGUCGCGGAGACCAAGAGGGUGACAAUGAUCGUCUUGCCCUUCCACAAACAACACCGGAGGGGAGAGGGUGACCAGGAGACGAUCGAAAAUGUUGGCCACGGGUGGCAAUUGGUGAACCAAAGGGUCCUGAAAGACGCACCGUGCUCGGUGGCGGUGCUGGUGGACCGUGGGUUCGGGAACCCUCGCCACUAUACUGCCACUUCGACUCAAAGUGUUUGCAUUUUGUUCUUCGGUGGAGCCGACGACCGUGAGGCUUUGGAGUUAGGUGGUCGAAUGGCUGAGCACCCGGCGGUUAGAGUGGCCGUGGUAAGGUUCGUUGAAGAAGAAGGGUGUGAAAGAAAUGGGGAAUUAGACGAGGCUGCAAUGGCGGAAUUCAGGAGAAAACGGGAUGGAAUGGUUGAGUACAAAGAGAAGACAACAAGUAACCUUGUUGAGGAUGUAUUAGGACUUGGGCAAUGUGGGGAUUAUAAUCUUAUAGUUGUGGGGAAAGGGAGGUUUCCAUCACCGAUGACGGCAGAAUUAGCGGACCACCAACCCGAGCACCCGGAAUUAGGGCAUAUCGGAGACUUGUUGGCCUCAUCAGAUCACAGUAUCUUGUCGUCGGUGCUCGUAAUUCAACAGCACGAUUCGGCACGAACGGAGGAGACCUUAACCAAAGUUGUUCGGAAUGAUUGUGACAAGCUUAAAGGCGAUGGGAACGCAGGCGUGGGAGAGAUUUCAAAGGCUGUGUAGUUACAAAUGACAUGGUAAAGGUAUGUAGUAUAUAUAC